GCUCUAGCAGAGGAAGAGAGAGAUCUUUUCAUCUGCACCUGAGCUCUUCAUCAGACUCAGGCCCAGAAGAAGCAGAAGAGGAAGGAGGGAGGAGAAGGCGGUGUUGAGUAACCAGGACCCAGUUGCAGCAUGGCAGCUCUGCUGGACAACAUAGCCAAACCGGCUGUGCUUUUGCAGCUAUCUUUGGUGCUGGGCUUCAUCUUUGUGCUACUCAAGGCAGCCCAGUUCUACCAGAAAAGGAAGAAGGUUCUCAAAGCUCUGGAGGCUUUCCCUGGACCCCCAAAGCACUGGCUGUAUGGCCACAGUCAUCAGCUUUCUCAACGUAAACUUUUAGCUCAAUUUAUGGAGUGGGCAGAAGAGUUUCCCUAUGCCUUUCCAAGGUGGCUUGGACCAUUACCUACAUUAAUUAUCCAUCACCCUGAAUAUGCCAAAACUAUAUGUGGCCGAGGAGACCCCAAGGCCCUGGUAACCUACAAGUUCUUAAUUCCCUGGAUAGGAGAGGGACUAUUGGUCACGAGUGGAGCAAAAUGGUUUCAACAUCGGAAGCUGCUCACACCAGCAUUUCAUUAUGAUGUGCUGAAACCGUACAUGAGGCUGAUGUCAGACUCAGUCAAAGUGAUGUUGGAUAAAUGGGAAAAGAACAAGGAGAGGAAGCCAGUAGAGCUCUUUCAUGAUGUCAGCCUAAUGACACUGGACACUAUCAUGAAAUGUGCCUUCAGUUACAAUACCAGCUGUCAGACUCAGAACAACUCAGACUUUUACAUCAAAGCUGUUUAUGAUCUGAGCUACCUUGUGGUUGAGAGAAUCCGGAGCUUCGGUGUAAGUGAUUUCUUCUAUGGCAUGACCAGCAACAGCCGACAGUUUCAGGAGGCCUGCAAGCUGGCCCAUAUCCACACAGAUAAAAUAAUAAAAGAAAGAAAGAUGUUGCUCUCCAAUGAGAAGGAACGGGAGAAGAUCCAGAAAAGGAGACACCUGGAUUUUCUGGACAUUCUACUUUGUGCUAAGGAUGAGAAUGGAGUUGGGCUGUCUGAUGAGGACCUCCGUGCUGAGGUGGACACAUUCAUGUUUGAAGGCCAUGACACCACAGCCAGUGGGAUUUCCUGGCUCUUUUACUGCAUGUCAUUAUACCCGGAGUACCAGCAACGGUGUAGGGAAGAAGUCAAGGAGAUAUUGGGAGACCGAGACACCGUUGAGUGGGAGGACCUUGGGAAGAUGACAUUCUGCACCAUGUGCAUCAAAGAGAGCCUGCGCCUGUUCCCACCAGUUCCUAUCGUGUCGCGGUACCUCUCCAAACCUGUAACAUUUUCCGAUGGGCGCAGCUUACCAGAAGGCAGCUAUGUAGCAGUGAGCAUAUUUGCUGUCCACAGGAACAGGGAUGUGUGGGAAGACCCUGAGAUGUUUGACCCAAUGAGGUUUGCUCCGCAGAACGCAGCACAGAGGCACUCACAUGCUUUCUUGCCUUUCUCUGCUGGACCCAGGAACUGCAUCGGGCAGCAGUUUGCCAUGAACGAGAUGAAGGUGGCUCUUGCCCUGACUCUGAAGCACUUUGAACUCACUCCUGAUGCAUCCAGGCCUCCCAUUCUGAUACCACAGCUUGUCCUCAAGUCUGCUAAUGGGAUCCAUAUGCACCUGAAGAAGAUUUGCUGACCUAGGGUAGCAUGGGGGCAGCAAGUGGUCUCCUUCACCUAGGAUAUCCUGCAUGCUGCCUGUGACAGCCCUGUAUCCUUCCUGAUCCCAUUCCAAAGAGAGAGUAAGCCAAGAAACCUGCCCAGGAUGCCUGGACCGCUUAGGUCUGCAUCUGCUUUGCAGAGAACUUCUUCCUGAAACUACAUCACACCCACAGAUACCCUCCAAAUUAAAUGCUGGAAGAAAUUUUCCACAUUAAACAGUUCUGGACUGGUUUUGUGCAGUGUACAAUGGAAAUGAAAGGCAAUGGCUGUUUCUGACACAGUGAUGAACUUUCUUGAACUGAGAGUGCUCAGGAAGCAGCUCAGAUACGUGCUGCAAGAAACUCUGGAAAAAGAAAGCACUCACCGUUCUCAACAGACGAGUUGUAAGUCUUAUCCUGUUCUUCUACCUGAAGCUAGAAUAAAUGCAAUGCCCUUG